CCUCACACAACCGCCUCCCAUAUUAGUCUACUCCAUUUACUACGCAAUACCAUAGCUAGCCUACGACCUGCAUUGGCGCUUUUUACGGUGUUGCUUGUUUCUUCUGUCUUCCGAGUCAAGGCUAUUCGCGAAGAAGCUAGCUCUUAAUGUCAGCUGAUGUCAUUUGCGCAAGUCGCUCAGAGGUUCGCCUAGGAGGAAAGUCGCUGUAACCUGCGACGGACAAAGUGCCAAGCGGCGACGGCCCCGCGAAGUUCCACCGCCAAACAUGGCACUAUGUUUGAUGGACAAGCCGCACCCGGGACCGUGUGUGCGGCAAGCCACAACUCAGCAACAGUUGUACGGCGGGUUUGGCAACAACGCCUACAAGGGCUACCAGUACUUAAAGGCUUUUCGGGACAGCAACAGCGGCAGCGUUGAUAACCAAAGCGGCAGCGGCGACGACGGCAGCGGCAGCAGCGGCGUCCGUGGCUAUCUGAGCAACAUCCGCAGCUACACAACCACCCCCUCAUCCACCUGCCAUUCCGCCACCACAGCUGCAAGACCUUGUGACACGCCUUCGGCCCUUUGUAGCUUUCACAACUCGCCGCAACCGCAACACAUUGCUCAUUGUUAUCAUCAGCAUCCUCAGCAGCAGCAGCAGCAGCAGAAAGAGCAGCUACAAUUUCCUGACAAGCCGCGGCAACUGUGCAUUGGUCAGGAGGGGCUGCAGCAGCAGCUGCUGCUGCAGCUGCAUCAACAGCAAGCGGCACUGCUGCUGCAACAACGCCCCGGAGAGCUCAUGUGCCGUCCUCGAGCCGCGCAGUCGCGGGUAGCACCGCAUCAGGACCUGCAAGCGCACAUGCAGCAGAUGCUCGAACAGCUGUACCAGCAGCAGCCCCAGCAGCAGCAGCAGCAGCUACAAAAGCAGUGGCAACUCCAACAAACGCACCCGCAGCUAAUACAGCAAGCCCAACACGUCGGGAGCUCCCUCAACCCUUUCAACAGCGGUCAGGCUGGUACAGCGACUCAGCCGGCCCAGCAGCAGCAGCAGUACAGCCACGUCCAUCUGCCUCAUCAGUCGCAGCCACAGAUACACCCACUUCCAGCUUCCUGGCUGCACACGCAAGAGGUUCAACGCCUGCUACAGCAACAGCCGCUGCUGCCGCCGCCGCCGCAGCAGCAGCAGCAGCAGCUCUCGCUCUGCUGGUUACUCGUUGAGCCCCACUUGCCCUCGCAGCCGCAGCUCCAGCAGCAGCAGCAGACUCAGCAGCUGCACCAACAGCAAGUGCAACAACCUCAUGUCCUCCAGAAGCCCGCCAUCCAUCCUCUCUUCCCUAACACGCCUACUUGUGACGGGGCACGCAGCCUUCAGUUGCCGUCUUUUAAUCUGAAACGCUUACGUGAGCCGCAGUCCCCGGAGCAAGUAGACGGCUUUGGCGACAGCAGCCGUCGCUGCCGGCCCUUCAGCUUCCGACCCACGGGUCAUGGUGUCCCUGACACCAGUCUUGCUGAUGUCUCGGCGGUUUCAGUUGCACAAGCGCACCCGGCGUACCUUUUGACGGUGCAGAGUGAAACCAUGCAGCCGGAGUUUGGAACCAAGGCAGCUAAUGGUGCUACCGAUGCAACCACGUUUCCCGUUCGUGCCGUUCAGCCGUCGUCCCUCUGCCCCGUCGACACACUCCCAAACGCAGCCUUCGCAGCUCCCACCAUUCCCCCGUCGUCACGGCACAAGCUACCGCUUCUUUCUUCUCCAACAGACCCUGUAGAAGUCCUAACGGAGGGCUUCAUCCUACACGCAGCUCGGGCCUUACGUGUGAACCCUGACACAUCAGCCACACUCGCCCUCCACAUCUGGCGACGGAUAAGCGGCAUGGUACGCCUGCUGCUGUCCAUUCGGCGGCCUACGGUGCACCUUACCUUCGCCGCCGGCUCUGGUGUCGGCACGGCAGCAGUGACGGCUUACAGCGACCCACGGGUCGUCACGGCAACUACGCACCGCAUUUACGCAGCGGCAUGCUUGUGGCUGGGUUCCAAGCUAGAGGGGCAGCGGCUGGAGGUCCCGGGCGCAGCUCUCAUAGCGGCGCUGGCGCAGACAGCGCCUGGGGUGAUCAGCGCAGUUGAGAUUCGUGUGUUGGAGUGGGUGGACUGGCGGCCUUGCCUGGGCUACGUGCCGUGAGGGAGUUAGUGCUGAAUGUCGGCAGUGCUAAUCGUGGCUGGCGCUGUACGGGGCGAUGUGCCAAGAAGGUGUCAGCAAGGAGUGUUGGCAGCGAGGAUUGCGGGGUAGGUGUUCGUCAAGCAGAGGUUUAACGGAUGCAGUUGGAAGAACGGCAUGUCGUGCUGUAGCCGGAAGAAGCUGACCAGCAGCAACAGCGGGAGCAGCAAGGAGAGUGAAACAUGGGCUGGGUGUUCUUACGUGCGGGUUGGAAAAGCGGUUGGUUGUCUGUAGGUGCACGCACGGUUUGCAAUUACGCCGGGUGUUGCAGCAGUACGGGAUCGUAGCUGCAGUUACAUGCUCAUGGGAGCUAGCCAGACCCAAACGGCGCAUGCAAGUGUCUAGAAGUGUGCAUAGCUGUAGUUCUCGAGGCACGUGUGGGCGCUGUCCCGCCAGGGCGGGGUCGUCAUCUAGCGUUUGCUGGUUUUCAAAGAUAUUGCUGCUGCUGGUUGUGGAUGCUGGUUGUGGUUGCCACGGGGGGCGGAUGAAUGCCCCCUUCGGCAAGGACGAAGAGGAGCCCGUGGUAUGCCACCUACCCUCACGGAGGAAAUGCACCCGGGUACGCAGUGACGGGCAUGCGUUUCCUGCAGGUAGGGGCGUGUCAAGGGGGAGGGGCGGAGCGGGGGCAGUAGGUGGUGUCGCCUACUGCGCGCAUUACCCCGCCCCCAAACUAGUCUGCGACGUUCCUUUCGUGUAUGCAGCGCCUGAGGUAGGUAGGUAGGUAGGUAGGUAGCAUAGCGCGGUAGGUAUACGUAGCCAGUCGUAUAGUGGUCUCAUCGUGCAGUUCAAAACCAGGCGCACAUUUGCGAGUGCAAUGCAGGUGAGGGCGGUGAGCGCCUCGUAUGGCAGGAAUUUUUGUGGUGCUGUCCCAGGGCUAGCGCAUGGCCUCACGCUUAAGCCAUCGUGCCUUUAGGACCAGCAGUAAAGGGAGGAACAGCAGUAGCUGCUGGAUGGUGGUGGCGAGGAAGUGGGUGACAGUGAUUCUUCGCGGCCCUUUUGAUAUCCCUCCAAGCAAAGUGCCGAAUGCACGGCAGAGGGCCCCUAACUAGCAAAGACCAACGAUGGGCACCUAACUCGCUGACACCUGACUUGCUGACAUUUGCAGGACGGCGACUGCGUGUUAGUGCGACUGUGGUGGCGCGGCUGUGUGGGUUUGCCUGUUUUGUGUUAAAUUUCUGUUGCCUGCUUUGCAGCAUGCGUUCGACACUGGCUAGCGAUAUGGUCGUGAACUCAUGAUGAUGCAGUGGAGGUGUGUACUGGGGGCUAUUGCUUGGUUGGGCUGUGACUGCUAAGGCUGUGGCCCAACGGGUUGUUUGGUUGCUGGAGCGUGGUUUUUCUGCUCGUUCGUACGCUAUCGGACCUGCGUACGAACGGACUUUUGUUGGCGGCUGGGUGUGUUGGUGUACAGAGGUGCAGCGUGCAUGUCGCGUGUUGGCUUCUGAAGUCUUUGGUGUGGUCUUGGUUGCCGUGAACAUGGAUGCCGUUAGUCGCUUUCGCAGGUGCAUUGCAGCCCGUCAAUCUUCAAGUGGGCGCUAGACGUUAGUAGUCGCGACAAUGAGACAGCAGUGGUAGAUAAGCAUGGUACUAGCUGGUGAAUCCUUACAUGCACUCAUUACAGUUUUACGCUUUCCCGCUGUGAUGAAGGAUACGCCUGGAAUCUUACCUUCCUCCACUUAUGUUAGUUUAUGAUAUAUUUACUGCUUGACUGACAAUCAAUGAAUGGUGCCGGAAGUGUCUUGUGACCAUCAGCAAACCGAUCACAGAUCGGUGAUCACAGAUCGGUGUGUCGAUCUGUGUUAAACCGAUACCGGCCGAGCAUUGCUUGUGUGCACGUACGUGGUACGCGUGGUGGUAUAAGGGGGGUAUGUAUGGCUGCUGUAUGUGGAUGGUUCCCCGCUUGGGUGCGUGGGCGGUGCAGAAGCCACGCACUGCACAAGCAGGGAGCAUAUUUCUUCAACACAUGACGCCCUGACCUUCCUUAGUUGUUGCCCUGAGACAGCUCAUUUGAUGGCACGCUAAGAUAAAUAUAUACAAGAAAGCUGCAAUGGUGUUGUGUUAGGCAGGGUUGUUGGCUUCUUUGCAAGGGUUCGUUGUGAGGUAGAUACACCACGAACUUUCCGCUCUGUUCUGCUAGCAGUGCUAUUAUUGCGGAUGUUUGUUUAGGUAGGUUGUACGGAACACGCGAAUUGUGUGCAGGAGAAGAAGAAGAAGCUGGUGCAGUUGAAGCAAGUAUUUGAAAACAGCAAUGUCUCCAUGGAACUUGUUGUGAUAGAUGGGCUCUCAGUCCGAUGGCUGUUGUGCCGAGGGCAAUGCCAUUUUUGCGCGCGCUUCCAGGUAUUGGUUACCAACAAUAUAGAGCUAAUAACUGCGUAGUCUAGCCCUUAGCUGGGACAGUCGUGUUGAAUUCGUGGUUGUGAAGUUUAGAAGUCCGCCAGUUGCCUUCAUGCUCAUGGGUGAUGUUUUCCUGGCAACGGAACCUAGUAAGCAUGCUCAAUGUAAUUUCGGAAGUGGAG